AUGACGUGGGUGCCGUCAGAUAUAGGACCAGUCUGUGCGUCCACACAAGCGAACUUAACAGCAUGUUCAAUAGGAUUCAUAUAUUUGUCGUUACUUCAGCAAUUAUUCGGAAAGCCCGUAGAUGAACAAAUAAAUUAUGAAUACGUAAUCAAUCCCGUUUUAGGAAAAAUAAGCACCAAUAACUUUAGAAGGGAACAUGUUUGGGGCGAAACAAAUCAACAUUACGAUUUUAUAAUCGUUGGUGCUGGUUCAGCGGGAUGUGUCCUCGCUAAUAGAUUAUCAGAAAUAAAACAGUGGAGGUGUACAUCUAUUGGUAUAACAUAUCUAACACUGUUGGCACAAUUAUUUGGAAGGUCUGUUGAUGAUACAAAAUCAACAGAUGAUAAUCCAUUCAUCUAUCCAACUAUAAAUAAUGGUUUUGAACAACGGACUUAUGAAGAAAGUAAAAAUAUUAAAAGAAAUGAAUAUGAUUACAUCAUUGUGGGCGCCGGCUCAGCUGGAUGUGUGCUUGCGCACAGAUUAUCGGAAAUAAAACAUUGGAGUAUACUACUUCUAGAAGCUGGUGAAGAGGAACCUGAAGUCACUAGUAUACCUGGUGUUGCAACAUCAUUAUCAGAGUCAAAUAUAGAUUGGAAAUAUAAAAGUCAGCCAGAUGGAAGGACCUGUUUAUUGGAAAAAGGACAAGUUUGCCCUUGGAUUAGGGGUAAAACGAUGGGAGGAUCAAGCGCAAUCAAUUACAUGGUGUAUAUGAGAGGUAGUAGCCAUGACUAUGAUGAGUGGGCUGCCGAAGGUAACCAUGGGUGGAGUUAUGAGGAGGUCUUGCCGUAUUUUGAUAAAUCAAUAAACUUACGCGAUUCUGAGUCACUAGAUAAUAAUAAUUAUCAUGGAAUUGGGGGUGAAUUGAAUGUUGAACGAUUCUCCUACCUUGAUGAACCUUCAAAAAUAUUAGUCAAGGGAUUUCUUGAUAAGGGUUUGCCGAUAGUCGACUUAGGUCUUGAAAGUAAAGUUGGAGUCAAUAUUAACUUGUCAACGUCUAAAGAUGGAAAAAGACAAUCAACGAAUCAGGCUUUUAUCAAGCCAAUACGAGAUGAAAGACCAAAUUUACACAUAAUCACAAAUGCUUUUGCUACAAAAAUAUUAAUUCAUCCGGCGAAUAAAGAAGCUUACGCCAUACAAUAUUUUAAGGGUGGAAAGUACUAUAAUGUCUUUGCAAAUAAAGAAGUGAUCGUUAGUACAGGAGCAAUCAAUUCGCCAAAAUUACUUAAAUGUUCCGGUGUAGGUCCACGAGAUGAGUUGGAAAGUCUAGGUAUUCCUAUAAUCGCAGAUUUGAAGGUUGGUUACAACCUUCAAGACCAUGUUACAACAGAUGCUUUGAUAUUAAAGUUUUCUAAUCCAUAUUCAACUGUAGUAAGCGAUAGUGAACUUCUUAAUGAGGUCAUAAAAUAUCGCAAUCAACCCGAGAAAAAGUCUGGACCCCUAGCUUCAACGACAACUGUAAAUAGCAUAGCUUUUAUAAAUACGAAAGGAUCUAAAGACGCCCCUCCAAACAUACAAUUGCAAUUUGAUGGUAGACGUGCUGCUGAAUAUAUGUCUGAUCCAACAAAUUAUAUGGCAACUAAUAUUCUUCCAUCAUCAUUUUAUGAUAGUGUUGGUGCAAGACCUUUAUUACUAAAACCAAGAAGUAGAGGUAGCGUUAUGCUUAACAAAACUGACCCUAUAUUUGGACCUCCUUUAAUAUAUACUGGUUACUUUCAAGUCCAGGAAGAUGUUAAUGAUUUAGUAGAUGCUAUGAGGUUUGUUGUAAGUUUAGAUGAGACAGAAUCUUUUAAAAAGAGCGGGGCGAGCUUUGAUAAAACGCCUGUGAAAGGAUGCGAUCAUAAUGAGUGGGGAACUGAUGAUUACUUUAAGUGUUUAUUAAUGAAUUACACAGCAAGUAUUUACCAUCCUGCUGGAACAUGUAAAAUGGGACCAGAAUGGGAAGAAGAUGCCGUGGUUGAUCCAAGAUUUAAAGUGUAUGGAAUACGAAGAUUGCGAGUUGUUGACGCUUCCACUAUGAGAACCAUCGUUCGAGGUAAUUUGAACGCACCAACUAUAAUGAUGGCCGAAAAAGCAAGUGCUAUGAUAAAAGAAGACCAUAUAAUUUAUUAA